CCGCCUCCGCGAUCAAACUCCAAUCAUUACCUCGCAGCAGAGCCUCACACACGAGCCGAGGAAGAGUCGUGUCUAACGCAUCGCUCAGACUGAGCUGAGACGCUCUGAUCUUCAUCAUGAAGCAUUCACAGACUCUCUGCUUCAAGUGGAACGCCGUGAUUCUGUGCUCUGUGAGUUUGAUGAUUAACGGCGCAGAUAAGCAGCACUAAAGUCAAUAAGAGAGCGUCAUGGAGGAGAACGAGGAAGUGCAGAGCCUCUGGAAAACACUGGAGCCGAGUCAGGGGGUGAAGAUCUUCCUCACGGUGCUCUACAGCCUCAUCCUCGUGCUGGGCAUCGUGGGAAACAGCGCGACCAUCCACGUGUCCCAGCGGCUGCAGCGGAGCGGAUACCUGCAGAAGAGCGUGACGGACCACAUGCUGAGCCUGGCCUGCUCCGAUCUGCUGGUGCUGCUCAUCGGGAUGCCCGUGGAGCUCUACAGCGCCGUCUGGUUCCCCUUCUUGUCCUCGUCCGGAGACGCCUCCUGCAGGAUCUACAGCUUUCUGUUCGAGGCCUGCAGCUACGCCACGGUCCUCAACAUCGCCUCGCUGAGCUUCGAGCGCUACCUGGCCAUCUGCCACCCGUUCCGCUAUAAAGCGCUGUCGGGCCGGCGCUCCACGGCGCUGCUGCUGGGGGCCUGGGUCUGCUCGGCGCUCGUGGCUCUGCCGCUGCUCGUGGCCACAGGCACCGAGGGACUGGCCCCCGAGGGCCUGCAGGGGCCCGCACAGAACCUGACCUUCUGCACUAAUCUGAGCCAGCACUGGGUCAUGUACCGCACCAGCAUCUUCACCGCCUUCCUUCUCUAUCUGCUCGUUCUGGGCGGCGUGGCCUUCAUGUGCAGAGCCAUGAUCGCCGUUCUCCGGGCCCCGAUGGGACCCAACGAAUCCGGGGCCAACGGAGCCGCACACAGCGCUCUCAAACACGAGAGCGCCCGGCUGAAAGCGGCCCGCAAGCAGACCAUCCUCUUCCUCGUGCUGAUCGUCUGCGCUCUGCUCGUGUGCUGGAUGCCCAAUCAGAUCCGCCGGCUGAUGACUGCGGCCGUGCCCAAGUCUGAGUGGACGGCGAGUUACCUGCGCAGCUACGUGAAGCUCCAUCCGGUGGCCGACAGCUUCUUCUACCUGAGCUCGGUGCUGAACCCGCUGCUGUAUAACCUGUCCUCGCGCCAGUUCCGCUCGGCGUUCCUGCAGACGCUCCUGUGCCGUCUGUCUCUGCAGCACGCCAACAGAAGAACGCUGGAGAGCAGCCUGGCCUCCAAGAGCUCUAGAAGCACGUCACGGCCCCUGCUGCGCAGAUCUCUGGACCGCAUACGGGCCGCCACCACCAACAGAUCCAUCCAUUCCUCGCCAGCAGAGAGACCAAACCCUCCCAACCCCACCGACCGACCGCUGACCUCUGAACCUCAGCAGCACGAGAUCAGCCCACCUACUGCCCUACCUGACCCUAACUGAUGGACAAACCACUGGAGAACACUU